AUGUCUGGCCUAAGGUUAUUUUAUGCAUGCAUUUUCAUAGUGCUCUCUACAUUUGUUCAUACCGCAAAAUCAUUCCAAGAUAAUGAUGAUAUUUGGGGAUUUUCCUUUGUUAACAAAGAUGGAAAAGUAGAAGAGGAUUCUAAUCAAAAUGUGCAUCACGCUGGUAAUGCUACCAAUACAGAACAUGGACAACAAAAUGCAGUAAAUAUUUCUGAACAUCAUCCAAAUAAUACUGAAGAAUUAAAAAGCCAUGAAGAACAUGGUGAAGGUCAAUCUGAACAGGUUUCUCAACAAAUAAAUAACGAAAACGAGGGUAACAAUAACAAUAAUAAUAAUACUGACAAUAUUCCAGAACAUAAUCCUUCGAACCAAACCAAUAAUUCAGAUGUUCAAGAAUCAAAUCAUAAUGAUAUGACCCAUCAAAAUGUUACAACUGAAAAUGUAAACAAUACUGAGAAUGUACAACCUGAACAUGUAAAUAAUACCGAACAUGUACAACCUGAACAUGUAAAUAAUACCGAACAUGUACAACAUGAAAAUAUAAACAAUACUGAACAUGUACAACCUGAACAUGUAAAUAAUACCGAACAUGUACAACCUGAACAUGUAAAUAAUACCGAACAUGUACAACCUGAACAUGUAAAUAAUACCGAACAUGUACAACAUGAAAAUAUAAACAAUACUGAACAUGUACAACCUGAACAUGUAAAUAAUACCGAACAUGUACAACCUGAAUAUGUAAAUAAUACCGAACAUGUACAACCUGAAUAUGUAAAUAAUACUGAACAUGUACAACCUGAAAAUGUAAACAAUACUGAACAUAUACAACAUGAAAAUGGGCAUAGUGGUGAAGAAGAGGGUGAGCACAGUGCAGAAGGGGACCAAAUCAACAUAAACAAUAAUAAUAAGGAUUACAGUGAUGUAUAUUCACACAGCAGUUCUAGUUCAGAUAGCAAUCAAUUUAGCGAUACGACAAGCUCAAGUUCAGAUAUCAAUCAAUUUAGCGAUACGACAAGUUCAAGUUCAGAUAGAAGUCAAUUUAGCGAUACGACAAGUUCAUCUAGUUCAGGAUAUUCGAAUUUAAGAAAACCUGUUUUUGGAAAUGGUUCUAGACCCGUUUUUGGAAAUCCAUCUGCACCCGUUUUUGGAAAUCCAUCUGCACCUGUUUUUGGAAAUCCAUCUGCACCCGUUUUUGGAAAUAAUUAUGGAGGUCAUAAAGGAUCGUCUAGUACAAAUUUUUCAUUUAAAGACGCUCCACAAGGUUUCUCAAAUAUGUUAUAUAAUUAUGGGCAAAAUCUUAAAAAUCAUAUAAAUGAAAAUCAUAGUGAUAUUAUGGAUAAAGGAAUGAAUAGCAUUACCGAUCCUCAUAAUUAUAACUUAUUAAAAAACAAAUAUGUAUAUUUAUCAUUAGCAGAAAGAGCAAUAUUCGAAAUUAUGGAUGUUUCUAAAAAAGGAUUGAGUGAAAUUAGUAGUAUGCGAAAUCGUGAAAAUAUUUCUAAAAUAUAUCAUAGUGCUUUAAAAAGAUUAAAAAUGAAUGUCCAUUCUCUUGGUCCAAGAUUAGAGUUGAUUUCACUUGAAACAUGUGAUAAAAUAUUAUCAGAAAUGUUUAAAAUAUUAACUGAAUUGUCUUAUGAUAAUUAUUCACAAUUUUAUGAAUCUAUGAAUAUUAAUAAAUCAGCAUUAAGUGAAUCAUUUAAAGAAAUAAAAAUCAAAAUAUUAAAAAAAAUAGGUGUUUCAUAUGCAAAAUUCCCACCAAUUAUUAAAGAGACAAACGGAAAUCAAUGUCCAGUUAGUGAUUUGAUUAUAAGUAUAACACCCAGAGAAUUAUCGCAACGACUUGCUAUUAUGUUUAGCGGUUGGUUAUCUGCUGAUGAAUACGGUUCUAUAGAUGAUUUUGAAAAUAAUGUCGAACUAAAUGUUUUAUGCUCAGGUGCAUCCAUAUUAAUGCAACAAUGGAAAUAUUAUCAAAAUGCUUUAGGGUUUGAAGAUAAUAAUGAUCAUGCAUUUUUAGGUUUAAUCGAUGAAUUAUUAACAAUAGACAAAAAAUAUAGUAAAAAUGAAGAACAUAGUAAAUCUUUAGAAAAAAUGAAAAAAUCAAAAGUAUUUAAUUAUUGUACUAAACUUAUGAGAACAAGUGGAAACAUUUCAACAAUACCAUUUAAUCAUGAAAACAAUAAAACUCCAAGUUCAUCCAUUGUUGGUUCAUUAGGAAAUUUAGUUAAGGCACAUAUGAGUGGAUAUUAUGCAGCUACUGCUCAAAGAAUUAACUCUUAUUUCAAUUAUUCUGACAAUAAAGAUAAAAAGAAAACACUAUCUAAAGUCAUAUCAGUUUGUACUCUCUUAAAUUUAACAGAUAUUUUAUUUAAUUGCACAGAUCCACAAUCAACUAAUGCCGCAAAUUUGAACCUUUUGAAACUAAAUGUAUUAAAUACUAAAGGAAAAGAAAUUCUAUAUCGUCUUUAUAAUCUAAGUUACUUAUUAGAGAGCGAAAACGAAGCAAUUAAAGAAGUGUGUAAUCCUAAAAAUGCCGCAGUUGAUAAAUCAUUGCAAAAAUUGUUAGAAUUAGUUUCGUCAAGCUCACACAACGUAUUAACACAUGAAAUAGAAAAGAGGGCUCUUGGUACUGAUUAUAUUAACGAGGAAAUAAAAAAUAUAAAUGAUUUUGAUCAUAAUGAAAAAGACAAAGGAGAAGAUGAUGUUGAGAAAGCCAUUUUUGAUGAUUUAUGA